AUGAGAAUAGACCAUGUCCUCACUGAUGGGCCUUACAUAGAAAACCAAGCAAAGGUUGGUGCGGGUGUCUUUUCUGAACUCUUCUCUUUCUACGCAGCAGCGGAACGCAAUAGAUCGGUGUUACUUUCGGACUCACAGUCAGCAAUAAAUUCAAUUGGAAACAGAGAGCCACCCAAAACAGCUGAGCUAAAUGAAUGUAGAAAACUCUAUCAGCUUCUGAGAGAGAAAAACAAAACAGUGGUCCUACAAUGGAUUCAUGGUCACUGUGGUACUAAAGGCAACGAGCUUGCUGACGCACUUGCUAAGAAUGGGGACAACGAUUUCGCAAUGCAUGAACCGGCCGAUGUCUUUCCACGCAAUGAAGGCCUUAAUCAGAAGAGAAUUCAAGACCACAAGGUGCAACGAACUUAA